AUGUCAUCCGCCUUCGUUCCAGGGUCGCAACAACGCUACCUUCGUGCUUGUAUGGUCUGUUCUAUCGUUCAAACCCAUGCUCGCUUCCUACGUGACGGCUGCCCGAACUGCGAGUCUUUCCUAGGUCUCGCCAACUCCUCCGACGCCGUUCAAGAAUGCACAUCGCAAGUCUUUGAGGGACUAAUUACGCUCGCGGAUCCCACAACUAGCUGGGUGGCUAGAUGGCAGAGGUUGGAGGGCUGUGUAAGUGGGGUCUAUGCUGUCAAGGUCGUUGGAACGUUACCAGAUGACGUCAAGCAAAACAUUGAGGAUGCGGGAGCGAGAUAUAUUCCGAGAGAUGGUACUGCCGAUGAUGAUGACACAGGAUGA